UUAUCAUUUAUUUCACUUGCAGAUGCAGACACUGUUCUAUAACAACUAUAGUGUGGGUGACACAGCAUUCACUGGAGACCUGCAGAGAUUAGAAGUCCACAACGCCAUCACCAUGCAUCCCGUCAAACGAACACCUUACCUUUAUCGUCUCCACAACUACCUCCAGUCGGUCAAGAUCAACGAUCUGCACAUGAAGAUCAUGACACAGUAUCGUGAGAUCCAGGAACUCAAGGAACUGCUUCACGAAGACGGUGAGGAAUCUGUCACAGCUCUUGAUCAGGACGCUCGGCGAUACGGGGUGCCUAUAAGUCUGAAUCAGUACAUCCCAGACAGUCAUAGAGACGUUAUCCCCUGGAAUUUCUUCUCGCGGUACGUCUACCACUGUCGUCAUGAUAGUCCUCGCAUGGGUCUCACCCAGUCGGUCAGAACUGCCCUCAAAGACAUCGUAAUGCAGGUCAUGAAGUUGAUCAAUUCUAAUUCCCAGAAAGUUGGCCGGACAAUAGAGUACAAAGAAAUCCUGUAUGGUUACUCCCGUGUCACACCCAAUCGUGGAGCAGAUUAUAUCUUAGAUUUGUUAUUGAUUUACAAGAAGCAUAGAGGAACGAGUCGUACUCUAUCCGUCCGAAGACAUGCUUAUCUUCAUCAGUCUUUUGAUAGGAUUGAGUUCAAGGAGGAGGAGGAUGACUAUGCAAGUAAUGUUCCUGCUACAGGCGGUUUCCAGAGCUCACUAAGCAUCUUUGGUCAUAAGACAAACUCAGAUGCAUCCUCACAACUUGGUCGAAGUCCAGAUAGGAUAAAGGCUACUAUACACUUCAUCAUGUCUCUGUCUGGGAGGCUAGAAAUAUUCCAACGGUUUAUGAGGAACUACGAACGUGUGUGCUUAAAAACAAAUGAAAAUACAAAACUACUACUUAUUCUCUUUAAGAAGGCAACGGACGAUCCUUCAGCAGAUAUUAUAAAGACACUGAAUGAUUACCAGAAGGUGUACCCUGGUAAGGAAAUGAAGAUCAUACAAGCGCAGGGGGAUUUCAGUCGUGGCUUAGCCCUUGAGCUUGGAGCUGGGCAGUAUGGACCUGAUGCUCUCAUGUUCUUUGUAGAUGUAGACAUGUACUUAUCGCAGGGAUUCCUUAACCGUUGUCGUAUGAACACCAACCGCCGCAAAUCCGUCUACUUCCCCGUCGUCUUCAGUCAGUACAGCCCGGACAUCGUGUUCGGCUCCGAGCCACGCCAAGGCAGCCAGCUGGUGAUCAACAACGAUGCGGGUUACUUCCGUCACUUUGGCUUUGGUCUGGUGUGCCUUUACCACGGCGAUAUGAACGAUGUUGGUGGUAUGAACAACGCUAUCGUGGGUUGGGGAAUGGAAGAUGUCGACCUCUACGAGAAAUUUGUGCAAAGUAACAUGACGAUAUUCCGCGGACCCGACACGGGACUGGUCCACAUAUAUCAUCCUAUUAUAUGUGACCCUCGUUUAGAGGCAAAGCAGUACCAAAUGUGUAUAGGCUCGAGAUCGAGCACCUACGGGGCCAAUAUGCAGCUGGCUAGACUUUUACAAGAAAUGUCACAUAAUAAAAAAGGAGGGAAGAAACCUGAUAGUCAUGAAGAUGAAGAUUAUGAUGGCAGGUAGCAUUGACUAAAAACAAGUAUCUAUUGUAAAGCUUUGCCAUGGUGAUUCACCACAAUGAAAACAUAGUUAUACUAAUGAGUAGCACUUUCCAAAGUUCGGCUAUCAUCGAUUUGACCAAUGUAUGUAAAAAGUGCAAGGGUAGCUCUUCUAUAUAUUUUUAAAAACCAUAUUUGAAAUCUUAUUGCAAGUUUAGCUUGUGAAGAUAAAGCUGCAUAUGCAAUUUAUUUAUUGAAGUGUGUGUUAUGAUCAGCUAAACUGCAACAGAAAAUAGUAUUUAGAUGCUUAAUUUUACCAAUUUUGAUCAAUUUUUCUUCAGGAUAUUUUACUAUUAUUCAUAUCUCAAAGAAUUACGGUACAUGUAAAUACAGAUAACGUUCCCUUUUAAAAUCAUUCAUUUUACUUUGACAAUUAAUAUUUCAAAAAAUGCUAGUCAUAGCUCAUACUCAUACAAGGUUGAUAUAUUAAGUCUUCAUGUAUACAUGUAUCCCCACCUAUUGAUCUACGUGUGGGUACAUCAGCCAUCAAAGUAUAUAAGGUCUCAUCCUGUCUAUGCAUAAAUCAUUAUAACUAAAUCAUUUAUUCUGCAUCGUUUUAAAACUCAACUCAAGCUCUUUUGUAUUCCAUCAAAUAGGUGUAAUCAUCAUGGCAAAGCUGAUGAAAGUAUAUAUUUAUUAUAUUAUUGCUAUUAUGCCCAAAGUUCACUUUCAAAAAGACAUUCAUUCCUCUUGUUUGAAAGUACGGUUCAAGAUGUGAGAGGAAAAACAAACUCUAUGGUGCAUAGAAGUACCAAAUACAUGUGUGUGUUUUACAGAUGAUCUCUUUAUAUUAGGCUAAAACUCAAUAUGAAGCCAUCAUUAUGAUUUGUAGCGAUUGUUGAUAUGUGUAUGUUGUUUCUGUAUAAGUCUGCAAGCUGUAGUAUCGUAGAAAACAGUAGUUUUAAAAUCCUGCCAAUCUGAUGCAUAUUUGAAAGUAACAAUUAGUACAUUGUCAUGCUUUGGCUUGGCGAAGAAGGCUUUCAGAAUAAUUAAGGUGUGUUAUUCAACUACACAAAGAGAAAACUCUUACAUUUAAUUUUGUUUAUAAACUUAAAAGUGAAGCUUGGGUUCUCUGGUAAUCAUGAAAAAUAUGUUUUCAACUGUCUCAUUCUGUUCAUUCUAAUAUGUAAGAAUAUCCCAUACAAUAUGGUCCCUGAAAAGGAUUGCUCUCUAAAUGCCCUCAUAUUUGAAAUACAACAAGAAAUAGCUCAACAGGUUUGGACCAAGCUCUCAUGUGUAGUCCCAUAUACCCAUUUCUGUGUGCUAUGCAUUAGUUUUCAGCAACAUUAGGUCAAUUUCUUAUCACUUUAAUGAUUCCAACCCUCCCAGUAUACAUGAUCAUUUCUGGAUAGUUUCAUGAUCCACAGCGUAAUCUUAGAAGUUUAAGAACCUGCAGGUAUUUAUUGAAGACUGCCUUUAAGAUGGUGAAACAUACAUAACAUAAGUCAUGACAACAUGAUCUAACAGACAGACACAUGGUUUGAUGUGGUAAACUUCAUUUCCUGUGCAACAGGUUCUUGAUCCAUAACAAUGGGCCUCACUCACAUGUUCCUCUUGAUUCAAUUCAAACUCAAAGUAGAGAGAGAGAGAGAGAGCACCUGUUCGAACAUUCAAGUUGAUGUUCACCAAAGAGUGACAAAAUUCCUAACUAACGACUUAUCAACUCAUCAACUCCCAAAAGUGGAUGUUAUGAUGAAAGAGGAUUGCACAUUGAUGUUUUCAAGCAAUGCAUGAUACAGGUAUGCAGUGUUUGGUACUUUUAGGUAAGCCUUAUCAUUGAUCUCAAUAAUGAACAUUUACCAUCAACUCUAAUUGAUUGGCUGCGCCAAAGAUUCACAUAUUGUAUUUCCCCUUCAAACUGGACAAUGUAGUAUUACAUGUAUGGUUGACAAUUUAGUGAGUUUUGCACAUUAUUUUCAAGAUUUCCAUUUUCCAGUAAAAUUCUUUCUACAAUGUAUAUUUCAGGAGAGAGAAAAAAUAAAUCAAAAUAGUACAACUCCAUCAAAGUUUACAAUUGUUCCCUUGUACCAACACAAGAGGGCAGUCUUUGCUAAAAGUCACAAUGUGGUGGGCAGGAUAGUUGUGACAUGAAUGUGCUCGAGCGCUAAAUCAUUGAGCUCCAAAAAUAGUUCCAAUUUAAGAGUAGAUUUGCACAUCUGUUUUUUUGUUUUUAGUUGUACUGAGUCACUUCUUGUAGUUGUGGUGAUGCCAAGACAUGAUAAUUAUAGUGAACUUUGAUGUACUUUUUGACAUGGAUAUUUUUGUAAAAAUUAACAAGCAACUGGUUUGUUCAUGGGAAAUUUUAUGAAAACUGUAUAUAUUCUAUUUAAAUUUUGUAAGAUUUAUGAGAUUAUCUAUGUAGAUAAACAUUGUAUAGUUAGGUAGGUUAGAAGAAGAGAUUUAUUUUUUCUUUCUUUUUAAGGGGAGAGACUGUAGUAAACACUCAUAUUUCUGACCAACAAAACAGAGAUGGUGGGUGCAUUAUGUCCCUUUUCUUUAAAGAGAAGGUUGAGUUCUGGUCAAGCGAUUGUAUUGUGAAAGAAA